AUGAGUAAAAUUGGCCAAUACCGUGUUUUGGUCCUACACGACACAUACGGGGCAUUCCCGCAGCCACGUCUGAAGAUUUUGGAGACAGUCGUGUCGCGGGAAGGAUACAGGGCACCUUCGUUCCAGAUACGGAGUUACAGAAUAGCAACAAACAUCUCUCUUUUAGCUGUUUUUUCAAUUUUAACCACUAUCUGCGUGCUCCUAUUCGCUAAAUCUGAUUGGGAAGUAGCUAAGAUCACAACCAUAGCUUCUGCAAUUAGCUUUAUCGUGUUAUCAGUUAUUAUGAAAUAUUCAGUUGAACUUAUGAUACUAAGGAAGGCGAUUCAGGUGGCUAAUAACUGUGCUAUGGAUUUCAAGCCGAACUUGAUACUGGCCCAAGGAUAUGGCGCUAAGGUGGCACUCAAAAUGAAUAAACCCAGGAUCCCAUUGAUUCUCAUGUCUCCAAUGGUGCAUGAACGUUUUGUCCCCACCUUAUGUAUUAUGAAGACCCGCUAUGCGGAGUUUCCAUUCGUGUUGAUUUUACAUGGAUAUAAAGAUGCUCAUAAUCCAAUUAUUAAUUCUGUCAGGUUAUCAAGUUAUUUUGACAGGAAUAGGGUUAAACUAGAUGUUCUUGAAUGUGACAACCACUUUUCAUCUCUUACACCUGAUGUUCUCCGAAGUUGGCUAGACGAAGCUUACGAAAAGGGCAAGAAUGCUGUGGAAGAGUUGGCUGAUUCCGGAUGUGAUUACGUAAACAAAUCGCUCUUCACUGGCUCAGAAUCUGCAUAG